CAGGUGGGGAGAUUCUUCAGAUAUAAGAUGUGGAGGAGGGAGGAGAGGCAGUCUUAGUCUGUUAUUGGUACUAUGAAGACUCACAUCACUCUGGCUGUCUUGGUGUGGGCCAGCAUGGCUAUGGUCAGCGGCCUGCCAGAGGAAGACUGGCGGCCUAAACUGGGAGGCAACUACAAGGAGGCCAAGUUGUCCCGUGCCACAUGUGGAGGAAAGAAGGAACUGGAGCCCGGGGAAGAGGUCACCAUCAGCAGCCCCGGCUACCCUGAGAAGUACCCCAACAAUAACAAGUGUAAAUGGGAUAUUGUGAGCAAGGACCCGAAGGACACGCUGGAGGUCAACUGUCCCUCCUUCUACCUCAGGAAGUCCAAGUGGUGUAGGGGGGACAGACUGGUGUUGUCUGACGGUAAAAAGGCCGCCCAGAGACUCUGCGGUCAAGGACAAAAGAAGUUCACUGCCAACAGCAACCAACUUACAUUAACUUUUAGGACAAACAAGAAGGGCAAGGACAAGGGUUUUGAGUGUACGGUGAAGAGUCUCGCAGCUUAUGGCUCACUGGGGACCACUGACGACAUGUUUAGUAGUACAGAUGCACCAACAACCAAACCCCCUGCAACCAAACCACCAACUGGGGGAAAUUGUAAUUGUGGUGUGGCCAACCCAUCCCGUAUUGUGGGUGGUGUGGAGGUGUCGCCCACACACAAGUACCCAUGGCAAGUGGGCCUCAAGAUAAGGAGACAAUCUGCUUACUGGUGUGGUGGCUCCAUCAUCAACGACCGCUACGUCCUCACCGCCGCUCACUGCUUCUUUAACAAGGAAGGAGAACGAGAGUCUGACAGGGGUCUGGUGGUGGGUGUUGGCGACCACGACAUGUCCUCAGGCAGUGAUGACGUAUCCGGUGUAACCAAGCUGGUGGCCGUCAAGAAAGUCAUCAUUCACGCCAGUUAUGAUCCAAAACAGUACGACUACGACAUCGCUGUGUUGCUCCUCAGAGAACCGCUUAACCUGUCCUCGCACGAAGAGGUCGGUGCCGUGUGUCUGCCUCAGGACGACACGAAGACCUACGUCGGGGAGAUGGGCAUCGCCUCGGGCUGGGGGACGCUACAGUCGGGGGGUGACCAGCCAUCAAAGCUGAUGGAGGUCAAACUGCCCAUCCUGGACCAAUCCUGCUGGGGCAAAAGUAUCACGCCCAGGAUGAUGUGUGCCGGAUACAAGGAGGGCGGUAAGGACACCUGCCAGGGAGACUCGGGGGGACCUUUCUACGUGGCCGAGAACAGCAAGUAUGUCCAAGUGGGAAUUGUCUCCUUCGGUGAUGGUUGUGCCUCCCCUAAUAGUGCAGGAGUGUAUGCCAGGGUGAGCAAGUUUCUGUCCUGGAUCAAGACCAACACUGCUGGUGCCACUUACUGUCAAUAGUUAUGACAACAACAUCUGCUGUUGUAAGAGUUGAACACAUUCAGCAGGUAGAUCACAACCACACACACACACACCAGUUAAUAUAGAUAAUAAUAUCAUAAGUAUUGUAUGAGCUGUGAAGAAAGCAUCAUGAAAAUAAUAAAGACUACAAAAAUA